UCGAAUGAAAUGUUAACAGAUAAAAAUGGAAGGUUUUGCACUUGUUAUAUGAAAACAUUAUGUAUUUCCUUUUAAAUAGCAUAAAAUGUAUACUGUAUAGUGAAGUAAGGUAAAUGUACACAGUUCAAAAUCCAAAGACGUGUGGGAUACACUGGUGCUUAGACUGAAAAAGUAGUUUAACGUUACAAGGUAAAACAUACUACCAACCUGACACAUUAGAUUUCGAGAAGCACAUAUGUUCAGGAGAUUUAAUAUUUUCUUAAGGUUGUUGGAGGGUGGAUAACGCUGUUUUUUUUUUGCUUGAGCAGUAACGCAAUGCGAUAUUUACUUUUUUCUGUAUUUUCGCUGUUUCAGGUUACUCAGACGUUUUAUCCUGUUUCACUUAAAACUAUUUGCAGUUUGCAGGCACCUGAUAAAUCUCUGUAUUCACCCAUGUCUCCAUCAUAAGUUACGACAAUCAGUCGGAUUUCUCUAAGAGGUCUCUAAUGAUGUGUGGGUAAUCACAGUGUGAGUGUCUCUGUGUUUGCUGUGCGAUGGACUGGCGACCUGCCCAAGGAAAAUGCCAAAGAAGAAGUCAAAGAAGAAGAAGCAGAAAAAGGAGAAAGGAAGAAAGAAGUCUUCUUCGUCCUCCGAUGAUGAGACGUCAUGGAAAGAAGAAUAUACUAAAAAAAGAAAGAUCUCCAAGACCUGUGAUAUACGUGGUGUGAGUUCUGAACAAAAGGAUGUCUGGAGGAAGGAACAGGCAGCUUCUUUCCACACAGGGGAAACCCUACCCACCCACAGUGGCAAAAAAGAAGAUAGGGAGUUUAGGAGAGCCUACCGAAAGCAGGACGCUGUCACAUCAUGGGGAAAAAGCGCAAACACUGGGGAGGUUCUGAAAAUACCCUCCAGCACAGGCACUGCCCACAGCCAGGUCUACAGUGGCACUGGCAGACUAGAAGAGACCAACAGCAGAAAAAAGCCAUUGUCUAGAGGACAAUCUACAGAAAAGCCCUUCUCUGAGAAACAUCGGGAGGAUGGAGGGAAACUUGCAAGGACCAGUGCAAAAUUAUCCCCAAAGGAUACUGCGUAUUCCAAAAGUGACCCCUCUUCUCCUCAGGGACAAAGUAGCAGCACCAAAGGGCUCCCAGAAAACCAAGAAGAAGGACUUGCUACUUUACACAAAACUAGUAGGUGCAAAACACACUCAGGACUGCUGAAGAGAAUUUCCCAGGAAAGCUCUGAGGGUUCUCUAAGCAGCCCAAGAGAGAAGCCCCCUAGCAGUUUUACUAGUUUCAAAAUCCGGAAAAAAAGCAGUAGAUUAGAUGCUACUAGCGAGACCUGGAAAAGGUCUUCAUUGGGUGGGCAUAAUGUCACUUCCCCGAGGCUGGAAAAGCAGCCCCUUUCAGGAGUGAAACUUUCUCCGCUUUCUCCUACAAAGCUGUUGAAAAAAAUUAAAGGGAGUAAAAUUGCUGCAGCACUCAAGGCUAAGGAUCUGCGUAGAGACUGCAGGCCCUCCACGCAAACGUCUCGGAAUACAGAUGAGGCCACUUCUUCAGGAUCCCACUCAUCCAGAAUCUCAAGGCCGACAGCCAGCCUCAGGGAGAAGGCGGAGUGCUUAGCUACAGAGGGGGUAAGGGGAGAGACAGUUACUCACAGUGGGACAUGGUCGUCAUUUAGCAAGUAUGCCGACAUUCCAAGCCGCUCAUCUCAAACACCAGACAACCAUGACAAUGACCAAGAGAUGCACCUGGUGGAGGAGCUCCACCUGGCUCGCUCAGAGAGGCUACUGGCUGGGGAUGUGGUGGAGAGCUAUGGGGAGCUGACCUGCAUGGAAAUUGAUCCCCCCGAGGAAGAGAGCGUAUUUUCUUUCCGUAAGGAAAACCGGCAUCAGGACCUGAUCAUCAUUCUGGAUACCAACAUUCUGCUCAGUCACCUUGAGUUUGUCAAGAAGAUAAAAGCAUGUGGCCUCGGAGUUUUUGGUUUCCCCAACAUUCUCAUUCCCUGGGUGGUGCUACAGGAACUGGAUUCGUUGAAGAAUGGAAAGUUUUCAAACCAUGUGGUAAAUAAGGCCAUACCUGCCGUGAACUUCAUCUACACCUGCCUGAAAAGCCAGGAGCCUCGGUUCUGGGGACAGUCGAUGCAGCAGGCGUCUCAGAAAAUAUGUGGCCUGAGUGCCGAGAACAACGAUGAUCGCGUGCUGCAUUGCUGUGUGCAGUACCAGAGCCUGUUCCCGGGAGUGCCUGUGAUCUUAUGCACAAAUGACAAGAAUCUGUGCAGUAAAGCACUGCUAAGCGGUGUGAAAGCUGUAAGCAAAGCAGACCUUGUUUCUGAAGCUGAUAAGCUGAAAUCUGAGGCUGAUACACUCUGGCACCAGUCUCUCCCGCCCACGUGGCACCCACAGACAGAGCUGGACCCAAACAGCAGAGUGACAGAGGAAAAGGCGAGAGAAGCAACAGUCUCAGGGAGUGCUCUGGCGAGCUCUGUCUCUGCCAUCGAGGGAGUCCUGAGGGGGGCGCUGUGUGCGAUUUUGGAGGCAGAGAUGAAGGAGGCAUUUGGUGAUCUUUGGCUAGAGAUUGUGUAUAUAAAGCCUCCUUGGUCCCUGAGUGACUUACUGCAGUGCUUUAAGAAACACUGGAUUGCUGUGUUUGGAAGUAUUGUCAGCAGGAAUCUUCUUCACUCUGUUGAAUUCCUCAGCGACAGCCUUUGUAAAGGUAGAACAGUUGAUAGUUGUUCCAUGAAGCAGGUGGUGCAAGAAGCCCAUGCUCUGUUGCACGGUUUCAGUUCCAGAUCAGGCUAUAAUAGCGUUCUCCUUGAAGCUGUUGCUGCCCUGAAACAGCUGCAGCCAGACACUUCUCAGCCCGACUGCAGAGCUCAAGGGGAGGAGGGCCUUGUGGAUUCUGCCCAAGGAGGGAAUGGAACGAGGAGCCUGCAGCCAGGUGACACUGAGACCCUCAUGGCAGUAGAGCACAGUUUGUCGGAGCCACACUCUUCUCAUGCUGAUAUCUGGGCUGUUUUUGAGAACAUCUGGAUCAAUGCGUGUCAGAUCAGCUCUGCGGUCUUAGGAGCCCUCCAGGUUCCUCUGGAUCCUCAGGGGACAGGAGGGCCUGGAGAGAAACUGGCCUCUCCUGAUGAGGCUUUCUCCUGCCUGCAGAAACUCCUGGCUGCCGUGAAAGGGCUGCUGGAUUCCUUCCAGAGGGUUUUGGCAUCAGACAGUGGCUUUGAAGAUGUGAGCGUGCUGCACGCUUUCAUUACCACCAGUGAGAUUGCCAGCAUGAAGCCCAGAUUUACAGCGCAGGAGCUGUUUGAAUGCUUGUCUCGGCAGGAGUACAGGGAGAAGCUAAAAGUGGGCUGGGGCCAGCUGGUGGAGCUGAGCAUCAAUCUGGAGCAGUGCAGGACAACCGUGUGCACUCAGGCUGGGAAUGAGCCUGGGCUGUAAUCCUACAGGCUUGGACCAGAGCACUUUGAUUCUUGAGCAGCAUGAUUCAGCACCUUUGGUGAGGUUGUGCGGUAGGAAGAGAUGUGCACUACUUUGUGAGUUUUAAUUACCAGCUUUGCCACAUUACUCUGAUCUGCCAUUUAAAGUAACACCAGAUGUUUUUCUCAGUCCUAGUUCUCAGGGAACGUAGCAAACUCAAACUCCUUUCUUUUAAUCUUUGCACUGGUGAAUAUCCCCUGUGUAAUCAAAGCCCUUUAUACAAGGUACCCUAUGUGGCCUCAUGAGUGGAUGAGCUCACUAAAGGCAAGUGUAGAUUGAGCUACAAUAUAGUCCAGUCCUCAAUGGUUCAAAGCUGGCAGACAGACCAGAGGUCUGAGGUAUGAAGCAGUGCUGGUUUUGGGUUGAGAUGGCCAGGUUAACCUUUUUAUUUUGCGUUUUUAUUCAUUUUAAUGUGAUAUAAUACACAUUAAAGCAUAUAAUAACAGCAAUUACAGUUUGUGCUUCAUUGUAUCUGCCGCCCUCUUGCAGGAUACAGUGUUAAAAGGGGGGGAGGAGGAGACAUCAAAGGGAAUAACUAAAGGGACCCCACCAUUCUGGCCUUCAAUCUGGAUUUUUAUUAUAUGAUAUUGGAGGAGUAAAGGUUUUAAGAUUGUUAAUCUUCCUUUUACCUUAUCAAAUAUUGUUGGUAGCUUUGACUUUCUUUGCAACAGCAUCACAUGGAGCUAGCCAGGCACUUAGGAGCUUGCAGCGCUGUCGGUAAAAGCAGCAUCAGUGCACCUUUCAAAGCCUGAUGUGCUGUAGGCACUGUGGAUCUUGCAGGGUCCCAAGCAGAUGAUGUUUCCUCUGUACUCACUGUAGAGAAAGUUUGCCCAUUCGUCCUCACUUUGUUGUGGUAAGAGGGUCUUAACAGCAAGCAAAGACAGUUGAUCGAUCCAAAAUCUUUUU